AUGGAGCGUCACACAGAUUUCGACCGCAAUGCCAUUGUCGAUGUCAGCACCCUCAAUCACAUCAUCUCCAUCAACCAUGACACCAAAACCGCCUUGGUCGAACCCAACGUCCCCAUGGACGUCCUCGUCCAGGAAACCAUGAUAGCCGGCUUACUUCCACCUGUCGUCAUGGAAUUCCCAGGCAUCACCGUCGGCGGAGGCUUCGUCGGAACCGCCGGUGAAAGUAGCAGCUUCAAGUACGGCUUCUUCGACCGGACCGUGCUAAGCGCUGAAGUUGUGCUUGCAGACGGCACGCUCGUGAUCGCAUCUGCCUGCCAGANUAGUGGGCUGGUUGGCGGCAAGCAAGUAGACGGGUAUGAGGGUGAGGGUAUCAGUGUCGGGCUGUGGGGCCCGUAUCCAUCUAACGAAGCAGAAUUCGUCCGUGCGAACCGUGAGAUUGAAGCGAAGAUGCGGGAGCUAGGCGGUUUGAAAUGGCUCUACUCGCGCGUAUUUUACAGUGAAGAUGAGUGGUGGCAGGUCUACGACAAGCACGGGUAUGACGAGCUCCGUCGGAAAUACCACGCCACGUCUCUACCCUCGAUAUGGGACAAGGUCAAGGAUCGGGGGCGGAAGCAAGACUUUGGCACGGGAUUCAAGGGCUUGUUAAAGAGACUUGUGAAAAGUAAUGCGUUCUUAUCGGGUCUUUAUGGUGUAUACAAAGCGGUGAAGGGCGGCGACUACAUGCUGAAGAAGCAGAAAGCCGCUUGA